AUGACGAGUUCGGAGAAGAUGACGACCAAGGUGGGUUCGCUCACUCUUCAAUAUCCGAUGUUAUCGAGGGACAACUAUGCUUCGUGGGCAAUCAAGAUGAAAGUCUACAUGAAGGCUCAAGACGUGUGGGAUGCCAUUGAGCCCGCGGCAGGCGCGUCCGUGGAACACAGGAAGGAUCAGAUGGCGUUGGCGGCCAUCUACCAGGGGAUUCCUGAAGAGACUUUGAUGGUGAUCGCAGAGAAGCAAACGGCAAAAGAGGCAUGGGAGACGUUGAAAACAAUGCAUCUAGGAGCGGAUCGUGUGAGGAACGCGAAGGUGCAGACCUUGAAGUCCGAGUUCGAACUUCUCCGGAUGAAGGAGAAUGACAACGUCGACGAUUUUUCGACGAAGUUGACAGGAGUCGUCAACAAGAUCCGGGCUUUAGGCGGCGAGAUGGAGGAGAACUACGUCGUCAGAAAGCUACUUCGGGCGGUACCGGAGAGAUUCCUUACUAUCGUCUCCACGAUUGAACAGUUCGGGGACAUCGACGACAUGACACUCGAGGAGGCGAUCGGGCGCCUCAAAGCCCACGAGGAGAGGGCACGUGUUUUUCGAAACAACGUCGACGAUCACCUAUUGUUGACGCAUGCGGAGUGGCAAGCAAGGAGCAAGAAGAACGGCGGAGGCUUCCUCUCAACACCUACAACCAAUGAUGGCAGCGGUCGAGGACGAGGUCGCGGGGCCGGUCGUGGGCGUGGCCGUGGCCAAAGAGGCCGAGGCGGACAGCAGUACCACGGCAGCGGACAGCAGUACCACGGCAGCGGACAGCAGUACCACGGCAGCGGACAGCAGUACCACGGCAGCGGACAGCAGUACCACGGCAGCGGACAGCAGUACCACGGCAGCGGACAGCAGUACCACGGCAGCGGACAGCAGUACCACGGAGGCCGCGGAGGGGAGCACGGCGGCCAGGCAGGCCGAGGCGGCUUCGGCGGCAGAGGAGGACGUCCAGGAGGUGGUUUCGGCCAUGGUGGUGCAGCUCGCCAGGAGGGGGAGAGUAGCACAAGCGGUGGUCGAGACAAAUCCAACAUCAAAUGCUUCAAUUGCGGAGUAUACGGGCACUUUCAGUCGGAGUGUCACAAGCAACGCCGCAACAAUGAACAGGAGGCUCAUCUCACCCGUGCAUAUGACGAGGAGCCAACCUUGAUGAUGGCUAUGUUAGAAGAAUCAUCAAGGGUCGUGUUACUUAAUGAGGAGAAGGUGAUGCCGGAUUUGCUUACAGCGGGGGAGGCACAUGUUGACAACAACACAUGGUAUCUUGACAACGGAGCUAGCAAUCACAUGACCGGCCACCGAGACAAGUUUAAGGAGCUCGACGAGAACAUCAAGGGAACCGUCAAGUUUGGUGAUGGAUCCGCGGUAGAGAUCAAGGGGAAAGGCUCAAUCCUCUUUCAGUGCAACAACGGCGAUCAAAGGCUACUACCUGAGGUAUAUUAUAUUCCAAGUUUGAAAUCUAACAUUAUUAGCCUUGGUCAGAUGACUGAAGAUGGAAGCAACGUUGUUAUUUCUGGUGAGUUCCUGAGGGUGUUUGAUAGGAACGGUGCACUCUUGAUGAGGGUGACACGUUCAACUAACCGAUUGUACAGGAUAGAGUUAAAAACUUGCAAGCCGGCGUGUUUGAUGGCGAACAUUAACGAUCCAGCUCGCCUUGGGCAUGUCAAUUUCUUCGCCCUCAAGAUGAUGACUGAUAAGAGGAUGGCUUCCGGGUUGCCGAAGAUCUUGCACCCGAAUCAACUAUGCGAAGGAUGCCUUGUCGCCAAGCAAGCAAGACUGCCAUUCCCUUCACAAGCAAAUUUCAGAGCUCAGAAGCCGCUGGAGUUACUACAUGCUGAUCUAUGUGGUCCUAUCACCCCAUCUACACUUGCUGGGAACAACUACUUCCUUCUUAUCGUUGAUGAUUUCAGCCGAUGGAUGUGGGUAUACAUGUUGAAGGCCAAGAGUCAAGCUUGUGAAACCUUCAAGAAGUUCAAAACAGUGGUUGAAAACGCAUGUGACCACAAGGUGAAGACAUUGAGGACGGAUCGUGGUGGCGAGUUCUUGUCAAAGGAGUUCACCAAGUUUUGUGAAGACUACGGCAUCAAGCGUCAUCUCACUGCACCGUACACCCCGCAGCAAAACGGUGUAGCUCGCCUUGGGCAUGUCAAUUUCUUCGCCCUCAAGAUGAUGACUGAUAAGAGGAUGGCUUCCGGGUUGCCGAAGAUCUUGCACCCGAAUCAAUUAUGCGAAGGAUGUCUCGUCGCCAAGCAAGCAAGACUGCCAUUCCCUUCACAAGCAAAUUUCAGAGCUCAGAAGCCGCUGGAGUUACUACAUGCUGAUCUAUGUGGUCCUAUCACCCCAUCUACACUUGCUGGGAACAACUACUUCCUUCUUAUCGUUGAUGAUUUCAGCCGAUGGAUGUGGGUAUACAUGUUGAAGGCCAACUUAUCGUUGAUGAUUUCAGUCGAUGGAUGUGGGUAUACAUGUUGA